GAAACAAGUGCUGAGCACUUCCGUUCCGCUGCUCAUCAGUUCCGCCGCGAUCAGCUGCUUCCGCUUUUGUCAUGGAUUCCGUGUGAGCGCGACACUGUGAGGCGGUAGAUCGUGAAGGACAGUCAUGUCUGCUGAAGUGAUCAUCAAAGAUGUGGCUGUCCGCGGCCCCGGCGAUGGCAUGGAGACCUACAAGCCUCCGGCGGCCCCUGAGCUGUCGGUGGAGGCUCCGCUCCUGAAGCUGGCCUCUCCGAAGCGCAGUCCGAGAGCCGCGGCGCCGGGAGUUUUACACCUGGGGAAGGUGAGCAGGGACGCCUGCACGGAGGUGGAGGCCGUGAGGAUCGUGGUUCCCCGGGCCGCUAUCAGCCGGAGCGCUCGCGUGGGGCCUCACGCUGAAGACAGAGGGUCCCCUCAGCACGGGGACGAGCGUCCUCCCUCACCGGAGCCGCUGGACUACAGGAGCGCCCUGGAGAAACUGCAGAACUCAGAGCGCCGCCUGCUGCAGGAUAAAGAGGGCCUGUCCAACCAGCUGCGCGUCCAGACAGAGGUGAACCGAGAGCUGAAGAAGCUGCUGGUGGCGUCGGUGGGUGAUGACCUGCAGUAUCACUUUGAGCGACUCGCGCGAGAGAAGAACCACUUGAUCCUGGAGAACGAGGCUCUGGGACGGAGCCUGACGCACACGGCCGAGCAGCUGGAGCGCAUGAGCAUUCAGUGCGACGUCUGGAGGAGCAAGUUCCUCGCCAGCCGCGUGAUGGCAGAGGAACUGACCAAUGCCAGAGCAGCUCUGCAGCGGCAGACCAGAGACGCUCAGUGUGCGAUUCAGGAUCUGCUGCGAGAAAGAGACGAGUUCUCCAGAGACAUGCUGCACACGCACAGGUCGCUGGAGCAGCUGCUGGUGUCUCUGCAGUGGGGUCGACAGCAGACGUAUUAUCCCAGCGCGCAGCCGCUCAGCACUGGAGAACUGGCUGCAGCCAAUCACAAGCUUGCAGACGCCAUCAACUCACAUCUGCUGGGGAACGUGAGCGGCAGCGGCGGCCCGAAGAAGAGCCAGAACCAGACCCAGAGCCGGAACCAGACCCAGAGCCGGAACCAGAACCAGAGCCGAAGCUCAGAGCUCUGCAACACGCCAGCCGAGAAGAUGGCCGAGAAGGUGCUGCGGAGUCUCGACCCCAUUUCCUGCUCUGAACAGGAAGUCACCGCAUCCCCGUCUGACCCGUCUCAUUCCCCCUUCCUGCCCAGUAAGAAGAGCAUCGGCCGCUUCCACCCGUACACACGCUACGAGAACAUCACCUUCAACUGCUGCGAGCGCUGCAGCGGGGAGCUCACGGUGCUGUAGGCCGUCAGAUCAACACACUCCAGUCAGUGUUAUGAUGGAUACCAAAGACAAACCCUCAUAUCAUCAGCGAUCGUAUCUCUAUGGGAUUCCCUGGGUCAGAUAUGGACGUGUCCGAGGUUUAUUCCCCCUCAUACUGUUUCACCCCUGCAUGAUUAUAUUUCUUCACUCAGAAGAUGUUUAGCAGUGAAAGUGGACACAAACUGAGCUCCUAAAUGACAAAAUUAAUUUUAGUGGAUUAUUCUUCUGCAGAUUUUAAAAUAUAAACGGUGUAAGAUGUUGUGUGUGUGUUUAUGGCUCAGCGUGUCUGAAUGCGGUGUAGGAUGUUCAUGUAAUGCAGUGUUUCUGGAAUAUAAUGCUGACUAACCCGUGACUGUAUUUACACUGUUUCAUACUUCAAUAUGAAUCCAGGCACACAUUUGAAGUGUUUCUGGACCAGAGUGUAUAAAAUCUUUGUUUUUAAAGCAUUUCAGUGAUAUUUUCUAUCAUUUCCCUUUACCAAAAUAAAUACUUUGGAGUGAAA